AUGUCGGAUGAACUUCUUGUUGGAGGUGUUGAGAGUAGAAAGCUUAAACGUAAGAUUGAGGAGGCAUCUUCCACAGAUGUAAUAGAUUCAGAGUUCGUAUUGUCUCUAAGUCUUGGCAAUAACAAAAUGGUUGGUGAAUCCUCAUCUAAUUUCUUAUGCAAGUCAUUGAAAAGCCAUCAGGAGUCACCAGGUUUUGCUUCAAAACUUGUGGAAAACAUCAAUAAUCAUGUGAUUAUGCCUAAGCAGCGCCAAUUCUCCUGCAAGUUUUGUGAUAAGAAAUUUUCAAGCUCUCAAGCUUUGGGGGGACACCAAAAUGCUCACAAGCGUGAAAGAGUUAUAUCAAGGAUGGAUAAAGACAUGGAAACUUUUGGACUUGGUGCUCACAUGUGCUCAUACUCAUCUAUUCCUCAUCAUCACCCCUUUCAUGGACCAACACCCCUUUAUUAUGGGGCUAACAUGCACCCCAUGGCUCACAUGUCGGCCAUGCCUUGGCCAAAUUUUGUACUUGACUUUGGCAACCAAGGAUUGCGCACCACAUCCAUCUCAGGGAAACGAUUUGGGAUGGCCAACCCUUGGGGUAUAGCUGCUGAAACUCCACCUAAUGUGCAUCGUAGGGAUGUGGGAUUUAAUGUUGAGCAUAAUCAAGUUCCUUCACUUGAUAUAGCUCAUAGAGCUGCAAUGGCUCGUUCUGGCCUUAGUGGCCUUUUGGGAAAUCAAUAUACUAGAAACCAAUAG